AUACAGGACGGGACUUUUAUUCUGAAGAAUUCCAAAAACCGUGACCCGGAAGUAGUUAGUUAUUCUUAGAUGUUUCACAGCAGUGUUGUCUAGGUUUUUGGUAGCUUCUCCAAUAACCAAAUUUAACGGCGAUGGGAAUCUAACAAGUCAGAGCUUUGGAGAAGUAAUCAUGGCCACCCAGCCCUCGCAGACUCCAUCCUUACGCUUUGGCCAGGUGGUCAUAGGACCUCCUGGCUCAGGUAAAACCACAUACUGCCGGGGGAUGCAGGAGUUCUUGAGUCACUUGGGACGGAAGGUAGUUGUGGUGAACAUGGACCCUGCAAAUGAAGGGCUCCCAUACCCCUGUGUCGUGGAUAUUUCAGAGCUGGUCACCCUAGAUGACGUGAUGGAGGGUUUGAAGCUGGGGCCCAAUGGUGGACUCCUGUACUGCAUGGAGUACCUGGAGGCCAAUCUGGACUGGCUGGAAACCAAGUUAGAGGAACAUAGCGACUGUUACUUUCUGUUUGACUGUCCGGGUCAGGUGGAGCUGUACACCCACCAGAACUCAGUGAAAAACAUCUUUGCUCAGCUGGCCAAGUGGAACUUCAGGCUGACUGCAGUGCACCUUGUGGACUCUCAUUACUGCGCUGACCCAGCUAAGUUCAUCUCAGUGCUGUGCACCUCCCUGUCCACUAUGCUGCACGUGGAGCUACCCCACGUCAACGUCCUCUCCAAGAUGGACCUCAUCGAGCAGUACGGCAAACUGGCCUUCAACCUGGACUUCUACACAGAUGUUAUGGACCUGACAUAUCUGCUGGAUCACUUGGCUGCUGACCCUUUCUUUAGGAAGUUCCUCAAACUAAAUGAGAAACUUGCAGGGGUCAUACAAGACUAUGGCCUUGUCUCUUUUGUGCCUCUCAAUGUGCAGGACAGGGAGAGCAUGACGCAGGUCCUGCGGACUGUGGACAAGGCCAACGGCUACUGCUUCGGCAACCUGGAGGAGAGGAACCUGCAAGCAAUGAUGUCAGCCGCUGUGGGAGCAGACUUCCAGUUCACCGCAACUCUAGGAGUGCAAGAGAGGUAUGUUGAAGAUGGUGAAAAGACCGUGGAGGAGGAGGUGAUGGAUCUGUAAAACAACAGACACCCAUCAAUGGAUGCUGCUGACCUCGAUGUUGCUUGCACUGGACCAGCAAAGGACCGACAGUACAACAUUUGUUCCGUGGAAUUGUAGUGUCAAACGCAACAAAUGCUAUUCUUCUUUCACUCUUUGACUUGAUAUGGCUGCCUCUGGUUAUAUAGAGAGGAGAGAAGGGUGGAGAAAGGGUUAGAAGCAUCAGUCUACAAAUAGAAUCCAAAUCAACUGCUUCUUACCACACAAUCCAAGAAUUGGAUCAAUCUGGGUUAAGAGUUUGAAUUGAUAUAUUCUUGGCUUUGUGGCUGGUUUAUAAUGCUAGUGUUAGUACAGACCACAGUGUGUUGUUUAGUUGGAUGCAAAUGUUGAUCUCUUAUUCUGACAGUGAAAAAGAUGGACAAAUCCAGGAGCUCUGGACUACAGAUAAUUAUUUACAUAUUGAAAUGAGAAAUACCAUGGUGUGGGGCAGUUUGGUCAGCCCUUCAGUCUAUAAGGUGUGUACAUUGGGUAUGAAUCCCUUUGCAGAUCAGCAAAAUCAACUGUUAAACGUGUUACAUUUCAUGAAUAAAGUUUGUGAAGAGUUGGUCUUACAUGCAUGUA